AUGGCGCUACCGAGCCCAAAUGCCUCCAGUGAUACAGUGGAUUGUAAUGGUGCUAGCCCUCUUCUUUCUCCAAACACCACGUUCGGGUGUACCGCUGAUUCUAGUCUGUUUAUCACAUAUCCCAGUCGCAUGCCUGAUCAAUCCACGCUGGGAGAAGUACACCAAGAAGCUACGGACAUGAAGGCGACCGAAAAUCAACUGCUCAAAGCUGACCACGAUAUUCCCUUUCGAAAUGAUGCGUCAUUAGCAUAUACCUUCCCAAAGCAUUCAUUUUCGAGCGUAGAAGACAAAGAUCAGUCUGCUAUUGACGCCGAAGAAGAAGAGAGCACAAAGUCAACACGAGAAGAAGAUAUAAUCAUAAGCGAAGAUAUUCACCCUAAUAAGAAAAUACCCGGAGAGCUGGAAGUUCUAAACGAUACAUCGAGCGAAGUCUUAAACAUAAGGUCCACCGACAUCUCCAAUGACAUAUCAAGCCAACCAACUAAGGGCAAAGGUAACGGCGCCAUAAGUGUCGCUAGAAAUUUUUUGAGUGAACCAAAUCAGAACAAACUUUCUAUCAGAUCGUCAACCACACCGGAAUCUGAUCGUCAAGAAACGGCACCUAUUGGUGAUGCUCAGGAGUCCAUUAAAUCUUCAUUGAUAUCAGAAGAACACUCCUUUUCGAGUAAUCCCAGCUUGAGCUCAAAUGUGGUCCCUAGUGAGAGUGUACCCCGAGAAAAACAACAUGAAGAUUAUGAAGCACAAGCAUACCACCAGAAGUCAAAGAUCUCUAGUCCUGAAAACAAAGAACAAUUCAGUGCAUUUUUCAAAUCUGAAACUUCAUUCCCCAGCUUACCAUCUUCACCAUUAGGAAAACUGCGAUAUGCCAGCUCUCCAGCAAAUAGUUUUUCCAGUCAUAGCGACGAAACAAAUUUUCAAGACUCAUCACUUUUCAAUAAUACGCGGGAACAAUUUGACCUUGAUAUUGAUAUCGAUAAUCGAAAGUUUAGCGGAGAGACAAAAGUGUCUCCCUGGAGGAAAAUUCAACCACGGAUUCUCGGAAAUGUGAACGGUUUCUCCUCCAGAAGAAUAGCAACACAGAGCACAAUUGCGGAAACUUCUUCAAACCACAGAAUUGAAGACCUUUCAAAGCAGUUGACUGACUGCAAAAUUCAACUAAAAUUGUACGAAAAAUUCUUGCAAGAUUUGAUUGAUACAGAUAAGGUUGACAUUGAUCAUGUUGCAAGUCUCAAG